AGAGUGUAAGUUGAAAUGGACGGCAGUGCCAAGCCGCAAGGCAAAAAUCCCAGUCAGCGUGCCAAUGUGUUAUCAAGGCUACUGUUUGCUUGGGCUAUCCCAUUGUUAUAUCGUGGCAAGCGCAAGGGCUUGAAUGCGCAUGAUUUGACCAAGUGCUUGCCUGCCGAUGAGUCGCAGCCACUUGCUGACCAGCUGGAAGACGCUUGGUUCAGGGAGCUUUCACAUGCUGAGCGUGCUGGACGCAAGCCGCAGCUGCGUCGCGCUUUGUUGAACUGCUGCUGGUCUGCCUUUGCUCUUAAUGGCAUUGCGUGCUUUAUAUAUAUAACGCUCAAAAUGCUAAUCGCUGCUGUUCUGGCGCAGCUGCUGCAGCGCUUGCAACAUGCAGCAGCUGAUGCCAACAGCAUCCCGAAUGGGGGCAGCACUGCUACCCUGACCUAUCUCUGGAACGAUGUUUAUAGUCUGGGCUGUCUGCUGGUCGUCAUCAAUUUGCUUGCCUGCCUGCUCUGGCAUCAUCUUUAUCUGCGUCAACGUUUGAUGGGCGCACGCAUGCGCAUUGCCUGCUGCUCCUUGGUGUAUCGCAAGACGCUGCGUCUAUCCAUGAAGACAGUGGGUCAAACGCCCGCUGGUCAUCUGAUUAAUCUGCUCUCCAACGAUGUCAGUCGCCUGGACUAUGCGCUAGUCUUUACUCACUACAUUUGGAUACUGCCCAUACAUGCUAUAGUCACCUGCUAUAUUAUUUGGCUGCAGAUAGGCCUGCCCGCCUUGGUGGGCGUGCUAGGCUUGCUGCUGAAGACUAUACCCGUGCAAACGGCACUGAGCAAGUUGACCUCCAAGCUGCGUCGUCGCAUUGCAAAGCGCACAGAUGUGCGCGUGGGCAUCAUGAGCGAGCUCAUGCAGGGCAUACAAGUGGUCAAGAUGUAUGCCUGGGAGCAGUCGUUCCAAGCUGUUGUCGCCGACGCCAGACGCAGCGAGAUACAGCAGCUAAGCUAUGCCAACUAUCUUUAUGGCUUUCAACGCACCACUCGCUUCUUUAUACAGCGCACCACGUUGUUCCUCACACUGGCAGCAGCUGUGCUUAUGGGUCAAAGCAUUUCAGCGGACUUUGUCUUCUCUGUGGUCAUUUACUACAACAUACUGCAGCUGGUGGCAGCUGUCUAUUAUCCUCUAGCUGUUAAUCUAGCUGCAGAGGCUUGGGUUUCACUAGGACGCAUUGAGACUUAUCUGCAGCAGGAGGAGCGCGAUGAUGACAACGUUGCUUUGCUAAACAAGUGUGAGCAGUCAGCUGAGCCUGCGUUGCUGCUAAAGAACUUGAGUGCCAGCUGGCUUAAGGAGCAGCCACAAUGCACUUUGGAGCAGUUCAAUCUGAAAAUUAAGCCAGGACAGCUCUGCGCUGUUAUCGGCGCUGUGGGCUCAGGCAAAAGCUCAUUGCUGCAGCUGCUGCUGGGUGAGCUGCCCAUCGUUGAGGGCAGCGUAGCUAUACAGGGAGAGCUCUCCUAUGCCUCGCAGGAGCCUUGGCUCUUCAAUGGCACUGUGCGUGACAAUAUACUCUUUGGCCAGGAAUACGAAUCCCAGCGCUAUCAGCAGGUGAUACAAGCGUGUGCCUUGCUGCCCGAUCUGCGACAGCUGCCCGACUCCGAUGCCACUAUCAUAGGUGAGCGUGGUGCUUCGCUCUCUGGUGGCCAGCGCGCGCGCAUUAGCUUGGCACGCGCCGUCUACAAACCCGCGUCCAUUUAUCUGCUGGAUGAUCCGCUGAGUGCGGUCGAUGCGCAUGUGGGCAAACAUUUAUUCGACGAGGUUAUUGGUCCACGUGGCCGCUUGGCUCAGCAGCAGGCCACACGUUUGUUAGUGACACAUCAAGUGCAGUUUCUGUCCGAGGCUGACUGGAUUGUUAUUGUGGAGCAAGGACGCAUCUUAAGGCAAGGCACCUAUGAUGAUUUUAUCAACAGCGAUCUGGACUUUGCCAAGCUGCUGGGUGAAACGAAACUAGUGCAGCCAGUGGAGGAAUUAAGUGCAGCAAUUGACGCGCCAGCUGAGGAUACUAAACUAAUUCAAUCAAGCAGCAGCAAGCAGCUGGAGCUGGAGCUCAGUCAAAAGUUGCUCAUGCCCAACAAGCAGCAGAGCUUAGCUGAGCAACAAGCCACUGGUGGCAUCUCCUCUCACGUUUGGGUGGAAUACUUUCAAGCUGGCGGCACUUUGUUUAGCUUUGGCUGCAUGGCUGUCGUUAUGCUGCUCUCCCAGGUGGUCUGCAGCAGCUCGGAUUACUUUGCCAACACCUGGACGCAGCAGGAGCAGCUGCGUUCGCAGGGCAAGGCCACGCGGCUGAGCACCUAUGCCUGCAUGUAUAUCUUUGGCGUGCUGACCAUUGGCGUCGUAUUCUUCACCAUCUUUCGUGGCUAUUUGUUUCUCAAGAGCUGCAUGCAUGCCUCCAAGGUGUUGCAUGAGCGCAUGUUCCGUUGCAUAUUGAAUGCCAGCAUGCGCUUCUUUCACACCAAUCCCUCAGGGCGUAUACUUAAUCGUUUUUCUAAGGACAUUGGCACCAUGGACGAGUGGCUGCCCCGCAAUAUGCUGGAGUUUAUACAGCAUGGCUUGGUCAUCCUGGGCACUUUGGUGGUCAUCUUGGUGGUCAAUCCUGUGCUAAUGCCUGCGGUUAUAAUUGUCGCCAUUAUAGAUGUGCUAAUACUCAAGCUCUAUCUGCGUCCCUCGCAGGAUUUCAAGCGCUUGGAGAGCAUUUGCCGCAGUCCUGUGUUCUCACAUCUCACCUCGACGCUGGCGGGCUUGUCCAUCAUACGCUCACGUAAUAUGCAGCAGCUGGUGGCCAAGGAGUUUGAUUUGCUGCAGGAUGUGCACAGCAGCGCCUGGCAGCUGGCAGAGUCCACGAAUACAGCUCUCGGAUUAUGGGUCGACGGCGUCAAUUGCGUUUUUCUAGCUGCUGUUACCUUUAGCUUUAUUGUGUCCAAUGAAGUCACCUACAGCGGCAAUGUGGGUUUGGCCAUCUCGCAGGCUAUUUUACUCACAGGCAUGGUGCAGUACUGCGUACGCCAAGUGGCCGAGUCGCUGCAGCAAAUGACAAGCGUAGAGCGCGUGCUGGAGUACACGCAACUGGAGCAAGAACCUGCUGUUAAGGGUCAACAGCCAUCACAGCAAUGGCCAACGCAUGGCAAGCUGGAGUUCCGCAACAUGAGCUGUCGCUAUGAUCCUCAAGCAGCGCCUGUGCUGAGGCAACUCAAUUUGAUUAUUGAGCCUGGCUGGAAAGUGGGCAUUGUGGGACGCACUGGCGCUGGCAAAUCCUCGCUCAUAGGCGCACUUUUCCGCUUAGCUUACAUUGAGGGUGGCAUCUACAUAGAUGACAUUGAAACGGGCAGCAUUUCACUCGAGACGCUGCGCACGCGCAUUUCCAUAAUUCCACAAGAUCCGGUGCUGUUCUCAGCCACCAUACGCUAUAACCUGGAUCCCUUUGAGCUUUAUAGUGAUGCAGAGUUGUGGAGCGCGCUGGAAGCUGUAGAAAUGCGCUUGGCCAUACCUGGCCUGGACUUUAUGGUCACCGAACGUGGCAGCAACUUUAGCGUGGGGCAGCGUCAGUUGCUUUGCCUGGCACGCGCCAUUCUGCGCAACAACAAGGUGCUGGUGCUGGAUGAGGCCACAGCCAAUGUGGAUUUGCUCACUGACUCCUUAAUCCAACGCACCAUACGCGACAAGUUCCAGCAGUGCACAGUCUUGACUGUUGCCCAUCGUUUGCAUACAGUGAUGGAUUCGGAUCGCAUUAUUGUUAUGGAUGCGGGCAAUGCUGUGGAGUACGAUGUGCCGCAUUUGCUGUUGAUGAAAUCGCAGGGCGCACUCAAGCAAAUGGUGGAAGCUACAGGCGGCGAGUCGGAUGCACUCAAAAAACUGGCCAGAGAUUCAUAUAAUAGCAGCCAUGAGCCUGCAAACGUGGAAGCCAAUAAGCUCAUAUCGCUACUGGAGCGCAGCGCUGGUUUACUCAAAGACAAGAACUCUAAGCCGUAAAGGCUACAAAUAUAUUUUUUUGUUUUUUUUUCGUAUGCUUAAUAUUGAGUUAUU